UAGUAAUCUUUGAAUAAGCAGAAAAAUAAUAAACUGAAGUAUCACUAGAUAAUAAUAAGCAGAAAAAAGAAAAGUGAAAAAAGAGAUGAAAUUUUGAAUUCCUUAUCAGUUUUCAGAUAACAUUUGUUACAGAUUCAAAAAAAUAACACAAGGCCUAUUAAAAACAACAAUUAUACUAUUAAUUAACAAAUCAUUUGUGCUGAAAAAUGUAAACAAAGACAGCGGGCGGGCAAGCAGACAGCAAUAACAAACAAUCUACCCUCACGAGAUUUUUUGAAACUGUUAUAAAGAUUUUACAGAUAUUAGAGAGUAAAACCAUUUGAAUUCAGUACCAUAAUAAACGUUAUACAAUAAAGUUAGAAAAAAGUAAUCACUGUCAGUCAGUACUCCUCUAAAUCGAACGUAACGAUACCACGAAAUGAAUUUAACACAAAAUUUUGAAUUAGUAUGGCCGAAAUUAAAAACUUUCAAUGCAACUGCUGGACAGGAGGGCAAUGGUGAAAUGGAAAAAGUAUUGGCUAUGGUUGUAUUGGGUUUGGGCAGUUUCGUAGCUGGUAUUUUACCAGCAUUUAUAUCUGAACGUAAUCGUCGAAGAUUUCCUUUAACUACAUCGCUCAUGUUGUGUUUUGGUGCGGGUAUAUUAUUGGCCACUGCCCUGAUUCAUAUAUUACCGGAGGUACGCAAUCAAAUGAAAUCCAAUUGGGCUGAAAUUUCACUGUGUGCAGGAUUCUUUGCUAUAUACUUUAUCGAUGAAUUUAUUCAUUAUUUCUUCGGCGAAGCUAUACAACAUUCUCAUUCGCACGAUAAUAACCAUAGCCAUAAUACAACACCAGGAAAUACAACUACAAUAUCAAGUAAUCAUCGUCAUAAUUAUGGUUCUUUACAAAAUUCUGAGUCAGCGCCUUUAUUGGGUGAUCACAAUACAGAGGCAAACGGGAAUUCACAUAGUCAUAAUCAUCACAGCCAUGAACAUGACAAUGGCAAUCAUCAUAGCCAUGAGGUAGAUCAUGAACAUGCUCCAUGCACUGACGAAAUAGUUGAAGAUGCAAAUGCACGUAUUUGUCAUACUAGUCAUACUGAACCCUGCUCCCAAUCAAUGACCGGUACAUUGGGUUUAUUUGUUGCCUUAUCUUUGCACUCAGCCAUUGAAGGUUUAGCUAUAGGGGUACAAGAUUCUUCAACAAAGGUUUUAUUUCUUUUGGGAGCUGUGGCGUGUCAUAAAUUUGUUAUGGGUUUUUGUUUGGGUUUGGAAUUCCGUUCAAACCCUCAAACUCCUUUAAAAUCGCAAAUAAUUGGCAUAUCAGUUUUCGCUUUGGGAGCUAUAUGUGGCAUUGGUUUGGGCAUGAUUAUAGUAGAUAUUCCUAGCUCGUGGUCAACAACCGCUUUACCCGUUAUACAAGGUUUGGCAGGAGGUACUUUACUCUAUGUAACAGUGUGCGAGGUAAUACCUCGUGAAAAAGCUAGAUGGCAUUUGAAUUCGGAGAGACGUUUAGCUGGUUUUGCUCAGUUCCUAGUAGUAGCUAUAGGCUUUACCACCAUGUGCAUAGUAAAUUUUUAUUUAGAUGAUGAUGCUUGAAUAUUAUAACCUCACGCUGCUGUAAUAUAAGAUUAAGUUAAUAUAUGUAUAAGGAUAUUUUGUUAUUUGUUUUAAUCGAAAAUGGAGUAACUAAUAAAUUCUCAUAUUUUUUAUAUAUAGAA